AUGCCGGGCUACAACACCAGUGGGCCUCAGAAUGAACAAAAGUGUUGUGAUAGGCAAAGACAGGACAAGGGUAACAGAAUGUGGAGGCCAGAAGCUGGGAUUCAAAUCAAGUCUCCAGACCUGGUGGCAGAAACUGAAAUCCUUGAGCCAUCCCCACAGCUUGCUGAGGUCUGCGUUUUCAAGAAACCAGUCAAGAAUGGAUUUCAGGUCCAGGGGCCCCUCGGACGUCCUUUGCGCUGUGCCCCACGUUAUGGCGCCAUUUGUUUCGGCCAGCUGAGCCAGCAUAAAAAAGAAAUUAUAAAAAUAAGUGAGGUGGAGGAGGCUGAGCUGAGACACAGAUUUCGUUUGGAAGAAGCCAAAAGUCGAGACUUAAAAGCCGAAGUCCAAGCUCUGAAAGAGAAAAUUCACGAAUUGAUGAACAAAGAGGACCAGCUUUCUCAGCUCCAAGUGGACUAUUCGGUCCUUCAACAACGAUUUAUGGAAGAAGAAAAUAAAAACAAAAGCAUGGGGCAGGAAGUCCUCAGUCUAACCAAGGAGUUGGAGCUUUCUAAGCGCUAUAGCGGAGCUCUUAGACCCAGUGUGAAUGGGAGAAGAAUGGUGGAUGUCCCGGUGACGUCGACCGGGGUACAGACAGAUACAAUCAGCAGCGAAGCCGCGGAGGAGGAAACACCUGCCGUGUUCAUACGGAAAUCCUUUCAAGAAGAAAAUCACAUCAUGAGUAACCUUCGACAGGUGGGAUUGAAAAAGCCCAUGGAACGCACCUCUGUCCUGGACAGGUACCCUCCAGCUGCGAAUGAGCUCACUAUGAGGAAGUCUUGGAUUCCAUGGAUGAGAAAACGGGAGAAUGGCCCCCCAGGAGUUCUGGAGAAAGGACCCCGCACGAAUUCCAGCCCAGGGCACCCAGGAGAGCUAGUCCUUUCACCAAAGCAGGGCCAGCCCCUGCAUAUUCGUGUGACACCAGACCACGAAAACAGUACUGCGACUUUGGAGAUAACCAGCCCCACCUCUGAAGAAUUUUUUUCUAGUACCACCGUCAUUCCUACUUUAGGGAAUCAGAAACCGAGGAUAACCAUUAUCCCAACACCAAAUGUGAUGUCCCCCAAACCAAAGAGUGGAGACACUAGUCUUGGCGCAGAAAGAGCCAUGUCCCCUGUCACCAUUACUACCUUUUCUAGAGAGAAGACUCCGGAAAGUGGAAGAGGCACCUUUUCAGACCGGCCCACAUCACCCAUUCAGAUCAUGACCGUGUCCACAUCAGCAGCACCAGCUGAGGUGGCAGUUUCUCCUGAACCCCAGGAAAUGCCCAUGGGAAGGACUAUCCUCAAAGUCACCCCAGAAAAACAGACUGUCCCAACUCCAGUACGAAAAUACAACUCUAAUGCCAACAUUAUAACCACGGAAGACAAUAAAAUUCACAUUCACUUAGGUUCUCAGUUCAAACGAUCUCCUGGGACUUCAACUGAAGGAGUUAGUCCAGUCAUAACUGUCCGACCAGUCAAUGUGACAGCUGAAAAGGAGGUUUCCACUGGCACUGUCCUUCGCUCGCCCAGGAACCACGUGUCUUCACGACCUGGUGCGAGCAAAGUGACAAGCACCAUCACCAUAACACCUGUCACCACCUCAUCCACCUGAGGAACACAGUCGGUGUCAGGACAAGACGGGUCAACUCAGCGGCCUACACCCACCCGCAUUCCUAUGUCAAAGGGUAUGAAAGCAGGAAAGCCUGUAGUGGCAGCCCCAGGAGCAGGAAAUCUGACCAAAUUCGAGCCUCGAGCUGAGACUCAGUCUAUGAAAAUAGAGCUGAAGAAAUCUGCAGCCAGCAGCGCUACCUCUCUUGGAGGGAGGAAGGGCUGAGGGCAGUGGCUAAGGGGGUAUGUCGUGCAGAUGCUAGUGCUGCUGUGAAAACAAACCUCUGUCUGUGCCAACUCCUUACACCUGCUAAUUUAAAUUUUAAUAACCUUGUUCAUAAAAUAACCAACUAACAACCAUGUAUCUUUCCUAUUUGUGCAUUUGUUUUGAUGCUAGGGAACAGAAUUAAUUAUUAACACAACUACUGUUUGCCGUGUGGUUUGUUGAAGAUGCUGGUUUUUAGGCAAGGCCUGACCUGUAGCUCCAGUUCUGCUUCUAGCAAGUAGAUGCCUCAGUGAACCCAGCAGAGCCUCGUGUUCUUCAUCAGUAGGAUGUGGGGGCUGGACAACAUGCUCUUCAAGGCUUUGUUUCACACUGUUUUAUUUCUCAAAAAAUUCAUUAUAAAAUAGCACAUAGUGUGUUGUCAUUUACCAGCAUCAAAUCCUGAAUUUAGAUUGUGUUGGAAAAAUAGAUCUCAUAGUUAAUACAGGGGCUAGACCUCUAAGCUGCAAAAACAAGAGCCUUUACUGUGCUUUCAAGAUACUUUGAAUGUGAAAUAAAAUGGAAAUGAAAUGUGG